AAACUCAACCUCACCGCAUGAGAAUAAAAACUGAAGUGACUCUUUUUUUUUUUAACAACUCAAUCUCUUUUGUUUUAUGAUUUGAAUAUCUGCAUUUACCUUCGCUUACUUCCCCUUUUCUACUGGGAACAAAGGUGGUUGAAUAUUCGUGAAUCCCAACCCACCUACGUAACUACCACCUUUCACAAAUUCUGGCAUCAUAACCGGAAAAUUCGAUGGGAAACACUUCCUCCAUGCUCACUCAGUACGACAUCGAAGAAGUACAACAACACUGUAACAACGCCUUUUCGCAGCAGGAGAUCGUCUCUCUAUAUGAAAGAUUCUGUCAGUUGGAUCGAAACGGCGGCGGUUUCGUCUCCGGCGAGGAGUUUUUGUCCGUGCCUGAGUUCGCUGUUAAUCCUCUCUCUCAGAGAUUGUUGAGGAUGCUAGAUGGAUUGAAUUUCAAGGAAUUCGUAGCGUUUUUGUCUGCAUUUAGUCCUCGUGCUACUGUGCAACAAAAAAUUGAAUUUAUAUUCAAGGUGUAUGAUUCAGAUGGCAAUGGGAAAGUAACCGUUAACGACAUGUUGGAUGUUUUGCAUGAUUUGACUGGCCAAUUCAUAUCUGAACAGCAGAGGGAGCAAGUUUUGACUAAAGUUCUCGAGGAAGCAGGUUACAAUAAGGAGUCCCUAUUAGUUAUGUCAGACUUUGUAAAGAUUCUCGGAAGCUCUGGUUUGAAGAUGGAAGUUGAGGUUCCGGUGGACUAAAUUGUGGGUGGCCAUUCUUUGCUACAGUGAUUUCCUAGCAUUGCCAACGUUGUAGAUUCUUUUCAAAAAAUUGAUACUGAAAUGCUUUUUUAUUUUUCUAGCUAAACAUAUUCUCAAAACAAUGAAACAUAUUUUUGGAUGCCAUCAAAUUUGAAACAGUUAAAA